GUGACUGUUGUACUAAUGAAUGCAUACACAUUGUGAUCAGUCAGAUGAGGUGCCCUCCAGCAACGCCAUGGAAAAGGUGGCCUUCGUCCGUGGCUUCACCAAGCUCAAGAAGGAAGACUUCACCAUUGGCACUUUCAUCUCGGACCGUCACCCAGGCGUUGAGCACCACAUGAGGCCCGAAGAAAGGGGCACAAAGCACUACUUCGACACAUGGCACAUUGACAAAGGCUUGAAGAAGAAGCUCCAAGCAGCAAGCCGAAAGAGCGAGUCGAGGGAACUGCAGGUGUGGGUGCAGCCAAUCACGAACGACCUGUACUACUGUGCAGCGCUGGGUGGUGGCAACGGCCCGCUCCUAGUAAGUAUGUGGCUCAGCUUAAAGCUCAGCUUACUGAACCACGUGGUGGACAAGCACGAUGUCCACGACGGACCGUUCAGCGAGUGCCUGCACCAGCCACUUUCUGACCGUGCAUGGUUGACUGAGGGCAAAACCCCAGCGUACAACAAGCUCCGGAGCAUUGUUUCUAGCCCGCGGCUCCUCAAGGAAAUCAGGCAUCUGUCCCCCGGGUCCCAGACAUCCUCCGUGGAAGCUUUUAACAGCGUACUGAUUGGGUUCGCCUCCAAGUCUCGGGCAUUUACGCCAGAAGGAAUGGAAGCGAAAACCCUGCUUGCUGCACUGCACUACAAUGAAAACGUUGGGCGGGAGCAGGCCACAACCCGGGAAGGAGCACGGCGCUUUAUGGUCGUCACGUCCAGAGCACGGAAGGGCCAUUCCACAGCACGGCCAAUCCCAAGCGACGCAACGUUUGAGUACCAUGAUGAGCUCAUGGAUGAGGUCAUGACCUGCCUGGAAAAGUGGCCGACCCUGAGGGAAGCCUUCGAGGCGAAUGCGUCGCAGCAUCUGCCACCGAUGUAUGCCAGGUACCCGAGGCCCCCCAAGAGUGACCUGAUUGCGGCCAGACGAUCCCGCUUCAGCUCUCAUGCCGGAUCGUCUCAGGACCAGUCCUGA